UCCAUCAAUGCAAUUUGUAUAUUAUUGAUUCUAAUGUUUCUUGCAACGAAUUCCACGAUAAUACACCAAAUCUAUGCUUAUACAGUACCAGAUAUUGAUUGCAAAUAAAAUAAAUAAAUAAAAAUUAUAUACAGUUUCAAAUUGUGGUGUGGUGUCUCUUUUAAGCUGUCGUGUUCUGGUUCGAUUCUUGUUCGAGAUCAUGGUGGGAACUGGGUUUUGGAGUAGCGUGGAGUUUCUCUGUUUUGGGUUGAUUUUGGUGGAGUUUGGCUCUGGUUUUGGUGCUCUGAGGCGCGGGAAAGUUCUUGUUAUGUAGCUUUGAAAGGAUCGUUUUUUGGGGAUUUUGUCUUUGUAUCUUUUGUGGGUGUGUUGGGUGUACUGAGAGAGUUAUGGAGAAAGAAGAGAACAGCGGAAUCUGACCUUGGUGAUUUGAAGAAGUGAUCGUCUUUAAAAGAGUUCGAGCAGAGUUUUGGAAGCUCAAGAGUUCAAGAAACAUGAACUCUCCGUCCAGCCAAUUUGUCACCUCAAGAGGUAUGGGUAUAUACGAGCCUAUCCAUCAGAUUGGCAUGUGGGGUGAAAACUUCAAGAGUAAUGGUAAUCCAAAUAUACCUACUUCUAUGAUUCUAGCAGCAGACACGAAACUGGACAGCCAGUCAGAGGAUACUUCCCAAGGAACUCUGGGACCUCCUAACCAGUAUGACCAGGAAGCAAAUAAACCUAGUGAUAGGGUACAAAGGCGUCUUGCACAAAAUCGAGAGGCAGCUCGGAAAAGCCGUUUGAGAAAAAAGGCCUAUGUCCAACAGUUAGAAUCAAGUCGUGCAAAGCUCGCUCGGUUGGAGCAAGAGCUUGAGCGAGCAAGGCAACAGGGCUUGUAUCUUGGUAGUGGAGUAGACGCUGGUCCUCUGGGGAACUCUGGAACCGUAAAUGCAGGAAUUGCAACAUUUGAGAUGAAGUAUGGACACUGGCUGGAAGAACAAAAUAGACAGAUUUGUGAAUUGAGGAGUGCGUUAAGUGCUCAUAUAAGUGAUGUUGAGAUGCGGUUUCUUGUGGACAAUGUGAUGACCCAUUAUUUUGAACUUUUUCGCAUGAAAGCAACAGCUGCAAAAGCUGAUGUUUUUUAUGUGAUGUCUGGCAUGUGGACGACGUCGGCAGAGCGUUUUUUCUUGUGGAUUGGGGGCUUUCGUCCAUCAGAGCUUCUUAAGGUUCUUGCUCCGCAGCUUGACCCUUUGACAGAACAACAAAUCAUGGAAGUUUGUAACCUCAGGCAGUCAUGCCAGCAAGCAGAAGAUGCUCUUUCACAGGGUCUGGAGAAACUCCAGCAAACUCUUGCCCAUGCUGUAGCAACGAGUCCAUUACCUGAAGCAACGUACAUGCCACAGAUGGCUAGUGCAGUAGAGAAAUUGGUGGCCCUUGUCCGCUUUGUGGAGCAGGCUGACUAUCUUCGUCAGGAAACUCUGCAGCAAAUGUCUCGGAUCUUAACAACGCGUCAGGCAGCUCGGGGCCUGCUUGCCUUAGGGGAGUACUUUAAACGGCUGAGGGCUUUGAGUUCGCUUUGGGCAACUCGUCCCCAUGAAGCUGCACAGUCUUUUAAUGGAAACUAAACUUCCUCAGGAGAUCAAAAUCUCAGAAAAACAAUCAAGAACGCCCGUGGGUGGCGGCCAAAGGUGCUUUUUGGUGAUGCCUUUACAGACAAUUUUCUGGCAGAAUCCCACACAAUUGAAAGAAAGUUGAAAAAAAAGUGAAUGGAUAUCCUUUUAGAGGAAGUUUGUAGCUGAAUUAUCUUUGCUUUUUGAAUAUUACAUUAGCUUGGAAGGAUUUUUUUUAAGGUUCUGUUUGAGCCAUUAGAUGCAACCAACUUUUCCAUGUAAAUCUCAAUAGCAUGUCAUGAUGUAUUUUAAGUAUGUCUGUCUUAUACAUUCAUUUUGAUAUUUAAGUCUUAUGUAUAGUUGUUCUCUCUCUAAGAUUGCAUAGAGUAGUUACCUUGAAAGACUGUCAAAAUCAAUCAAAUUAUAUUUUGAUGCA